AUGGACGGUAUUUUGUACGAAGCACAGCGUCAAGGACGUAUCAGUUUCUACAUGACUCAUUACGGUGAAGAAGCCAUGAUGGCCACAGCGGCUGCUGUGCAGCCGGAGGAUGUCGUAUUUGGACAGUAUCGUGAAGCGUUCAUGUUGGUAUACCGUGGUUUUACCAUUGACGAGAUGGUGAACCAAUGUUUCUCGACCGAUUUGGAUUAUGGCAAAGGAAGACAGAUGCCAAUUCAUUACGGAUCCAAGAAGCUCAAUUUCCAAACCAUCUCUUCGCCCUUGGGUACUCAAAUUCCGCAAGCCGCCGGCGCCGCUUACGCUUUGAAACUUUCCGGACAACAGGCUUGUACGCUCUGUUUCUUUGGUGAAGGUGCAGCAUCGGAGGGUGAUUUCCAUGCCGGUCUCAAUAUGGCAGCUACACUUGGCUGUCCUACCAUUUUCUUCUGCCGCAACAACGGAUUCGCCAUUUCAACCCCUUCGUCCGAACAGUACAAGGGUGACGGUAUUGCCAGUCGUGGUGUGGGCUAUGGUAUCGAUACCAUUCGUGUGGACGGUAAUGAUGUGUGGGCUGUCUAUAAUGCUACCAAGGCAGCACGACGUAUUGCCGUGGAAGAAAACAAGCCCGUGUUGAUCGAGGCCAUGACUUACCGUAUCGGCCAUCACAGUACUUCGGAUGAUUCUACAAAGUACCGCGACCGCAAAGAAGUGGAAGAGCGUGCACAAUUUGACAAUCCGAUUACGCGACUUCGCCGGUAUUUGGAGAACAAAAAUCUGUGGGAUCAAGAAAAGGAAGAUAGCUGGCGCAAGGAUGUCAGAAAGGAAGUCUUGACCAGCUUUGCUGCCGCCGAAAAGCGCAAGAAGCCGUCCCUUCAGCAUUUGUUUACCGAUGUUUACGAUGAAAUCCCGGCCAACCUCAGGGAACAGCAACGUGAAUUAGAAAGACUUAUCAAGCAGUACCCCGAAUACUACUCCACCGAAGAAUUCGCCUCAUCGUAA